GGCGAGGGGCGGCGCGAGGGCGGCGCGGCCGCGCCCGCGGCGAAGGCCCCGCCGCCCCCGCCGGCGUCGCUGCCGCGCGUGCCGUGUAUGGAGGUGCUGGGCGGUGUGCCGGUGCUGUUUGUCGACAGCGUCGACGACACCGCGUCCAAGCUGGCCGCGGCAUUUUAUGGUGGGCUCUCUGAAAGGCCACGGCGCGCUGCCGCCGAGCGGGCGCGAACGGCGCGCCGCAUCCACGCUGGGGCCGCUGCGCGUUUCUAA